AUGUCCAGAGUUCAUCUAGAUACAUCAAACUAUCCGUUCAGAUUCGAACCAUUUCUGCGACAGGAAUACUCGUUUUCCCUGGAUCCAGAUCGUCCCGUUUGCGAAUUUUAUAACCCUAGAGAAGGUCCAUCGUCCUGUCCAAACGGCACUUCAUGUCCAAACAAACACGUUCUGCCCAUUUUUCACAACAAAAUAGUGUGCAAGCACUGGCUGCGAGGGCUCUGCAAGAAAAACGACCAAUGUGAGUAUCUACACGAAUACAACUUGCGGAAAAUGCCGGAAUGCGUAUUCUUUUCGAAAAAUGGGUAUUGCACACAGUCUCCGGAAUGUCAAUAUCUACACUUAGAUCCCAGCAGUAAGAUCCAGGAGUGUGAAGAGUAUAAGAUGGGGUUUUGUCCUGCCGGACCCGGGUGCAAGAAAAGGCACGUCAAGAAAACGAUAUGCCCACGUUACGUUACAGGGUUUUGUCCGUUGGGUAGAGCCGAUUGCGAUUUGGAACAUCCACCGUUUGUAAUUCCAAAUGAACUAAGCAAGCUACGCAUCAAGAACGAUGAUGAAAUAAACACCAAAAAGUUGGACGAGGAAAAGGAGCGUCGUUUGAACGCUAUUAUCAAUGGUGAGAUCCCAGCAUAG